AUAUGACUACAAAGAUACCAAAGCUUUCCAGUAUUUGAUAGACUUAUGGAACGUAAAGCAUUUCUAGAUCAAGAACCACCACCUGGAUAUAUUCCUGGAGUUGGAAGAGGAGCUACUGGAUUUACUACUAGUGCUGAUACUCGAGUUUCAACUAUUGAAGUCGAAGAAGAUGAAGAUGCAGAUGAGACUAAUAUUCAAGACUUUAUUUCAACUGAUGGAUCAAUUCUAGCACAAAUAGAUCAUAUAGAUAAAGAAGAUGAAGAAGCGGAUAAGAUCUAUGAAGAAAUAGAAAGAAAACUAAACUCAAAAUCAAAAUCAAACAAAUCAAUUCCAUUACAAUUAACAACUAUUCCAGCAACAGAAGAGAGAUUCUCAGAUUUAAAAAGAGCAUUAACUACAGUAUCAACAAUUGAAUGGUCAAAUUUACCUGAGGCAGGUGAUAUGACUAGAAGAAAUAAACGAUCACGAAUAGCUGAACAAGAACAACAAAGAACUUAUGCAGUUCCUGAUAGUGCAUUAAUGUCAAUGUCAGCAGGAACAAUCUCGGGACUUUCUAAAACUAAUUUCCAAUCAAUUUCUCAAUCUCGUGAUAAAUUAUUGGGUAAUCAAUUAGAUAAUUUAUUAUCUGAUAAUAUAAAUAUAAAUAAUUCUACAGUUAACAAUGAAGAAUUGGAUAAAAUUAAACUGGGAAACUAUGCCAAUAUUAAAAAUGUAUCUAAAGGUAGAGCUAUUCUUGCCUCAUUAAGAAAAACAGAACCUCAUAGAGCUUCUUCAUGGAUUGCAUCAGCAAGAUUAGAAGAAGAAGCCAAUAAUCUUAAUCAAGCCAAAAUUCUUAUUGUUGAAGGAUGUAAGAAUGCUAGAAAAGAUGAAGAUAUAUGGAUAGAAAGUAUAAGAUUACAUCGAAAGAAAGUAGAAGAUUCAAAGUUAUGUAAAUCAAUUAUAGCUGAGGGGCUUCGAUAUAAUCCAAAAUCAGAAAAGUUAUGGUUAUUAGCUGAAGAAGUUGAAAAUGAACAUGAUAUAAUAUCUAGAAGAAGAAUUUUAAUGAAAGGAUUAGAAGAACUUCCAAGUAAUGUUCAACUUUGGAGACAUUUAAUUCUUCUUGAAGAUGAUAAAGAGGAUGUGAAAAAGAUGUUGGAAAAAGCUGUAGAAUUAUGUCCAACUCAUUGGGAAUUUUGGGAGAAUUGGAUUAAUAUAUCACCAUAUGAAGAAGCUAAAGUAAAACUUAAUAGAGCUAGAAAAGAAUUAAAGGGAGAUUAUCGUGUAUGGUUAACUGCCGCUAAAUUAGAAGAAAAGGGAAAUCCUAAAGCUGAUUUACUGAAACUUAUUAAAAUGAUGGAUCGUGCGUUUAAAGAUAAUCUUGCGGGAGAUAGUACAAAUAUCUUAACCAAGACUGAUUGGAUUCAACAAGCAGUAUCUGCUGAAUUGGAAGGAUUCUCAAAGACUUGUAAAUCAAUUGUAACAACCCUUUUGGUAAAUGAAAAUAUUCAACAAGAUGAUUUGCAAUUCUGGUUAGAUGAAGCCGAGAAAAUCAAAUCAGAUGAAUCUAAUCUCACAUCAAAGUAUAUUUAUGAAUUUAUUAUUGAUAAAUUCCCCAAUAAUAUUCAAAUCUGGAUAAAACUACUAGCUUCACUCAAGAGUUUAAGUCAUAAUAAUUUGGAUGAAGUAUAUACAUUUUAUGAGAAGGCAAUAGAUUUAAAUCCUCAUGUUGAAAUUUUAGUACUUAUGUAUGCUAAGGAUAAAUGGAUUUCAGGUAAAGAUAUAGAUGGAGCCAAACUAAUUCUUAAGAAUUUACCAGAUAAUUUGAAUGGUAAUAUAAAUAUAGUUUUAGCAAGAGUUAAAUUAGAAGUUAAAACUAAAGAUUAUAAAUGUGCCCAAAUUAUUCAAGAACAAUAUUUAAAUGAAUAUCCCGAAUCUUCUGUUGAUAUGUGGUAUAAAUAUAUUCACUUUUUAAGAUUUUUAAAUUGGAAGAAUAAUGAAAAUAAUAGUAUUAAAUUAAUUAAAGAAGUUAAUAGAGCAUUAUCAUAUUUUCCAGAAUCUGAUAAAUUAUAUAUACAAAAAGUUGAAAUUUAUUUAAAUGAAUUAUGUGAUUUAAAUUUAGCAAGAGAAUCGGCAUCUUUAGGUACUAAACGAUGUCCUGAAAGUAUUGAUUUAUGGAUAUUAUUAUCUAAAAUAGAUGAAAAAUUAAAUAUUUUAAUUAGAGCAAGAUCUGAUUUAGAUAAUGGAAUUCUUAAAAUUCCUACUAGUGAUAAAUUAUGGAAGGCAAAAAUUGAUUUAGAAAUUAGAAAUAAAGAUCUUAUAGUUGCUAGACAACUUAGUAAUAAAGCAUUAAAAUUAUUUCCUAAAUCUUCAAAUUUAUGGAUUCAAUAUUUAAGUUUAAUUCCUAAGAUGUCACAACGUAAAACGGCAUUUUUAGAUGCUUUAAAAAGUACUAUGAAUUCUUCAAUAAUCCUUAUGGCAAUUGGAGUAUUUUUCUGGAUGGAUGAAAAACAUCUUAAAGCAGAAUCUUGGUUUGAAAGGUCAUUAAAGGAAUCCAAAACUAAUGGAGAUUGUUGGGGGUGGCUUUACAAUUUUACUAAAAAAGUUGGAACUAAUGACGAUAUUGAAAAGUUUAAAAUUCGAUUUUUAGACAGCUUUGAUGAUAUAGAAGAUGGAGAAACUUGGCUCUCUGUCACUAAUGAUUUUACGAAUUAUGAUAAGGAACCGUUUGAGAUAUUACAACAAGUCUCAGAUAGUCUACUUUCUUAUCAAAUUAUCUAGAUUAUGUAUUAUGUAUUAGAAUAAUA